AUGUUGCAACGUAGAUUCAUGUUAAAAUUUGGAGUAACUGUAAUAUGUGUGUGGACUAUGCUAGCCAUGAAAUUGACUUUUGACACAUCUGUUCCAUCAUUCCAAGAUCCGAUGGCCGGAAUCCUACUGAAGAAAAAGCAGUUGCGUGAAAAUGUUGGCUACUUUGUGGGGAAGAGACGAGAAAUUUUUUGGCCUUUUUUAAAACUUCAACCAAAUUAUACCGAGGUUAAAGAAGUAUAUGGCGUGGAUCUAAACACAAUAGGUGAAAAUGGUAAGGGAUUGAGUAUAGAUACAAGAAGACUGAGUAAAAAAGAACAGAAGAAAGUAGAUACAGGUUAUGUAAGAUAUGCUAUUAAAGAAUAUGUUGGUAAUCUAGUGUCCGUCAGAAGAAACUUACCUGACCCUCGAAUACAAGAUUGUAAAGAUAUCUCAUAUCCUAAAGAUUUACCUAAAACCAGUAUCAUUAUGUGUUUCCACGAUGAGGCCUGGACAUCACUAUUGAGAAGUGUACAUAGUAUUAUAGAUAGAACUCCACCAAGACUCGUAGAAGAAAUUAUUUUAGUUGAUGAUAAUUCUACGUAUGGGUGGUUGGAGCCAUUGUUGGAACCAAUCAUGAAAAAUCCAAGAACGGUUACCAUGCCAACUAUAAAUACUAUAGAUUCUAAAACGUUUGCUGUGAAUACUGAUAGACUUGAACAAGUUGGUAUCUUUACAUUUCCAAUACUUCGAUUUUCCUGGAUGAAAACACCAGAAAGAAUUGACAGAGAUCGGUCCUCUCCUGCAGACUACAUUCAGUCGCCGACAAUGGCAGGAGGAUUAUUCAGCAUCAGUAAAGUAUUUUUCAAUCAUAUUGGUACUUAUGAUAACCAGUUAGAUAUUUGGGGUGGUGAGAAUAUCGAAAUAUCUGUUAAGAUUUGGAUGUGUGGGGGCAGUAUACUGAUAUCACCGUGCUCACACGUUGCUCACAUCUUUAAGGCUAGGUUGCCAUAUGUUGGUGGUUAUCACGUUAUGUUACGAAAUCUUGGAAGAGUGGCCAAUGUUUGGUUUGAUGAUUAUAAGUAUAAAUUUAUCAAUCAAAAAGGAAACAUUGAUCCUUUUGGUGAUAUUUCUGAAAGAGUAAAGUUACGUGAAAAAUUACAGUGUAAUGAUUUUGAAUGGUAUAGAAGAAAUAUUUUUCCUGAAAUGUAUUUUCCUGGUAGUGGUGUACAUUAUGGAAACAUACAAAGUGUAGCAGAUCCUAAUUUAUGUAUAGAUGGCGCUAAAUUAAAACGCAGUGAGCCAAUAAUACCAUACCCCUGCCACAGUAAUGAAAGUCAGCAAUGGGAUUAUACCGAAGCUAUGCAGAUAAGAAUUAAAGAUUUAUGUUUAGAUUUUAGUGGUGCUACAUUUCGAGCUGAGGGAUGUGGACCCCAUGAUGCACAAAAUUGGAAAUACCAGGAUAAAAAGAUUAUUAACAGAGUAACAGGACAGUGUAUAGGAUUAUCUAAAGAUGGUAGUAAGUUACAGAUACAGAAAUGUGACUAUAGAUUAUUUCAAUUGUGGAACUGGAAGAAAGUGCGGGAACCGUUUAUACCAGACUUUUACAAAUAUCUGUAA